GCCUGCUAAAUUUGCCAGGUAUUUAUACAUGCUCUGAUAUUCACGAUAACAUCAUAUGAGCUAAUAAUGUCAGCUAUUAUUUAGAUCAAAAUAAAAAUAAAAAUCUCAACAGUUGAGUUUAAAACACAUGUUAUGAUUUGGAGACGAUGUCCGCAAGUUAUUCGAUUGGUUUCUAAUCUGUCAAAACACACAAAUUAUUCUGAAAAAAAAACUGGUAUUAGAUUCAUUGAAGCAAGUCAUAACAUGGCUUCAACAUCUAGUGAUGCAGAAAAUACACCACAAAAAUACCAAAAUAAAUUAGCUUUUGAAAAAUCGCCAUAUCUUCUUCAACAUGCAACAAACCCAGUUGAAUGGUACCCAUGGGGUAAUGAGGCAAUAGAAAAAGCAAAAAGAGAAGAUAAAUUGAUAUUCUUGUCGGUUGGUUAUUCUACUUGUCAUUGGUGUCAUGUAAUGGAAAAAGAAUCUUUUGAGAAGCCUGAAAUUGCAGCUAUAAUGAACAAGCAUUUCAUUAAUAUAAAAGUUGAUAGAGAAGAGCGACCGGACAUUGAUAAAGUCUAUAUGACUUUUAUUCAGUCAUUAACAGGGCAUGGGGGCUGGCCCAUGAGUGUUUUUCUAUCUCCAAAUCUUGCACCAAUCUAUGGAGGAACUUAUUUUCCACCAACUGACAAAUAUGGUCAACCAGGUUUCAAAAGGGUCUUGGAAGCAUUAGCCAAUCAGUGGCAUGAACGAAAAGACCAUCUUGUCACUUCUGGAGCGGCUUAUUUAAAAGCACUCAAAGAAGCAAGUGAACCAACACGUGAAGAUGCUGAUGAUGUCCCAUCUUCAAAAAGUGCUGAAACCUGUGUAAAACAAUUAAUAAGAUCAUAUGAACCAAAAUUUGGGGGAUUCUCAGAUGCUCCUAAGUUUCCUCAACCAGUAAAUUUUAAUAUUUUAUUCUUAAUUUAUGCAAAAGAUCCAAAAAGUGAAACUGGAAAAAAAUGUCUAGAAAUGUGUUUACAUACUUUAACAAAAAUGGCUAAAGGAGGUAUUCAUGAUCAUGUUGGACAGGGUUUUGCUAGAUAUUCUGUUGAUGCCAAGUGGCAUGUACCACAUUUUGAAAAAAUGUUGUAUGAUCAAAGCCAGCUUCUUGUUUCAUAUGUAGAUGCUUAUUUGUCAACAAAAGAUUUAUUUUAUGCCGAAAUUGCUGAUGAUAUCGUUACUUAUUUAACUCGUGAUAUGCAGCAUAAGGAGGGAGGUUUUUAUAGUGCAGAAGAUGCCGAUUCUAAGCCGUCUCACAAUGACACUGAAAAAAAAGAGGGAGCUUUUUAUGUAUGGAAACAUGAUGAAAUUACAUCACUCCUAAAUGCAACCAUACAAAAUCAUGACAAUUUAAAAUUGAGCGACAUUUUUUGCUAUCACUUCGAUGUGAAACCAGACGGAAAUGUUUCACCUCGACAAGACCCUCAUGGAGAGUUAUUGUCUCAAAAUGUUUUGAUAAAUUACGGAAGUUUUGAAGAAACCGCUGAAAAUUUUAAUCUGACUACAGAUGAAGUGAAAACACAUCUUCAAGAGGCUUUAAAAAUACUAUUUGUUGAACGCAGUAAGAGACCGAGACCGCAUUUGGAUGAUAAAAUUAUUACUGCUUGGAAUGGGCUUGCAAUAAGUGGAUUAUCUCGAGCAGCUGCAGCUCUAGAUAAACCUGAAUAUGCAGCUCACGCUGAAGCAGCAGCUAAUUUUAUCAAAAAUUACUUAUUUGAUAAAAACGCUAAGAAAUUAUUGCGAAGUUGCUACAGAGAUUCAUCAAACAAAAUAACCCAGCCAAGCAAUCCAAUUGAAGGCUUUCAAGUGGAUUAUGCUUUUGUGAUACGAGGUUUAUUGGAUCUCUACGAAUCUACUUUCAAUACUGAAUGGCUUCAAUUUGCUGAACAGUUACAGGAUAUUCAAGAUAGUUUAUUUUGGAGUGAAGAAAAGGGUCUUUACUACUCGACUACUGCUUCAGAUGAAACUGUUAUUGUGAGACAUACAGAUGAACAAGAUGGUGCUGAGCCAUCGGGAAAUUCUGUCGCCUGUGGAAAUUUAAUUCGUCUAUCGUCAUAUUUAUCUUGUUCAGAUUACAUGCAUAAAGCUAAAGAAAUUUUACGUUCGAAGCACGAUAUUCUCACAGCGAUGCCAGUGGUCAACCCAGAAUUAGUUUGUGCUUUAAUUAACUACAAUGAUUCACCAACUCAGAUUUAUAUUGCUGGAAAUAAAAAUUCUAGUGAUACUAAAGAAAUGAUAAAAAUAGUGAGAAGUCAACUUCUACCAGGAAAAAUUAUUAUGUUAGUCGAAGGGGACGACGUGGAUAAUAUUUUACACAAAAAAAAUGAAGUUAUAAGCAAGAUGAAAUCUGUCAACGGUCGUGCAACGGUGUACAUUUGUCAGCAUCGAAUGUGUUCGUUACCUAUCUCUAAUGCAGCCGAUUUAUUAACGCAGUUCGAUAAAAGAAAAGAAGAGUCCGGUGCAUAAUUUAAAAAUUUUUAAAUUUUAAAAUUUGUGUUAAUAUUUUUGCAGGACAUUGAAAAGAUGGUUGUGAUUUUUUCGGUCGAAAUAGUAAAAAGCAAUGAAUUAUAUAAAUACUCAAUAAACAGAAAAAUUUUUUUAAUUUUCUAAUUAAGUUGAAUUUUUCGGAUUCACCCGGUUUGAAAUAACGUGAAAAUCAUAGGAAGUUAUAAAUUUUAGCGCGUUUAUAUUAAAAUUAUGUUUGUAAAAUAAUUACAAUUUUUUUGUGUAAUGCAAUAAAAAAACAUUAUCAUGGAUGCUUACUUAUGACGCGUGCAAUGGAUAACGAUAAUAUAACGUUGAAUAAUUAUAUUCGACAGUAUAAAAAAGUAGUUUUGAUAAAAAUCAGAUUACUUUAAUACUUAUUAUUAAACUAUGGGACAUUAUGUAGGGAUAUACAUCGUCUUUUACAAGA